GCUUCCACGAGCAGCCGCGACAUGUCUCUCAUGACCUCGUCAAUCCGAGAUCCGCUCUCGCUCGCGCUACCGACGCGCCAUGCCAACUCUUUCGCAACUCCCACCUCGGAAGGCAAUACGAAUUUGCAUAUACAUAAGGCUUCCGGACUUGAACCUCCAGUGACAUGCCUCCGCUAAGACCAUCUCUGCGCCAUAACGUAGUUUCGUUCCAGUGCAAAUAUACUCGCACAACCGCACCUCGAGCUAUAACGGGAGCCCGUAGGUCACUGCAAACUACAUCCGCUUCGACCGAGAGUACAGCAGAAGCGUACUUGUCACAACCGCGUCUGGGGAUAUCGUUCCUGUCGCUUAAUAGACCUAAGGCGAAGAAUGCCAUUUCGUUGAGACUGCUAAAGGAAUUUCAAGAAUGUCUAGAUACAAUCCAAUUCGACAAAGCAACCCGUGUUCUCAUCAUCCGUUCAUCCACACCAAACGCGUUCUGUGCAGGUGCAGACCUCGCUGAGCGACGUACCAUGACCCAAGUCCAAGUAGACAAGUUCCUCUUAGACCUUCGUACUGCUUUGGGCAAGUUAGAGAACUUGCCUAUGCCUACUAUUGCUGCCAUUGACGGCCCUGCGCUUGGCGGAGGCUUGGAGUUGGCUUUGGCUUGUGACCUCAGGGUAGCUGGACACAGCGUAACGAAGAUUGGGUUGCCAGAGACGAAGUUGGGCAUUAUACCCGGAGCGGGAGGCACUCAACGAUUGACACGUCUCUUGGGUCUUUCGAAAGCGAAGAACCUAAUAUUUACUGGACGUGCAUUAAAUGCACAGGAUGCAUUUGAGUAUGGUUUGGUUGACUAUGUCUCUCUACCUGAGAGAUCGGCCGUAGACCGUGCACUGGAACUCGCAGAAGAGAUCGCAGCAAACGCUCCUUUGGCAUUGAGAGCCGCGAAACAGGCCAUUUCGCGCGCACCAGAGUUGGCUCUUGAAUCAGGUUUGGAUUUCGAGCGGGCAUCGUACGAGCCUCUCCUGAAGAGUAAAGACCGCGUAGAAGCUCUCGAAGCGUUUAAGGAGAAACGAGCCCCAGUGUUCAAAGGAGAAUAAGUUAUGCAUUGUAUGUACUAUAGAAAGGAACCUGGAUAUCACAAAUGUAAAGCACAGCACAAGGAAACAGGGACGAUAUCAACGCAACGACAUCAAUGC